AUGUGGUGGUUCCGAUGGCACGCCAGAAGGUUCUUCAGAUCAGUGAUGAAUCCCAUGGACCCGGCUGUGGCCCUGAAGUGGACGGCGCGGCUACGGGUGCUCUACAUCUUCAUCGCCUUCAACGCAGUGAUCGUUAGUUACAAGUAUUACACGAAGACUACGGAUCACCUCAAAGAGAAGGGUCUGUUCGUCGAGGAUAAGACACCAUCGCAUGCGAGGGCACGGCUCAUGCAGUUGCAGGACAUCCACAUCAUUAGGACCGGUGUGGGCAGACCUACCGAGGAGUACACCAUUAAUGUCGAGGAAUAUCGGAAGGACUUCGAGCGACAACAGGAGGAGAAACGGCAGCAAUAUUUGGUCCAAAAGAAGGCGAUGUCUGAGAAGUCUGAAGAACUCAAGGAUUGA